GCGGCGGCCGCGCAGCCCUGGCUCCUCGCGGGCUCGGGCGGCGGCUGCGGCGGGGCUAUGGCGAGUGGCGGUGGCGGUGGCAACACCGGCACUGGUGGGGGCCCGGGGCUGGGCCUGACCCUGGGCCUGGGCCUCGGCAUGGGUGAGGCCACCGGCGAGGCGGAGGAGGAGGCGGCCACGGCCGAGGCGGUGGGACGCCUCGCCACGACGCUGUGGCUGCGGCUCCGCGGCUGGGAGGCGGUGUUGGCCGCAGCGCAGCGGCUGCUGGUGUGGGAGAAGCCGCUGCACAGCCUAGUCACGGCGGCCGCGCUCAACGGCCUCUUCUGGUUGCUGUCUUCGUCCUCCCUACGGCCCUUCUUCCUACUCAGCAUCUCACUUUUGGCCUAUUUUCUGCUGGAUUUGUGGCAGCCUCGCUUCCUCCCUGACAUCUCUGCAUCAUCCCCGGAGGAGCCACACUCUGACAGUGAGGGUGCGGGGUCAGGAGCCCGGCCGCACCUGCUGAGUGUGCCCGAGUUGUGCAGAUACCUGGCUGAGAGCUGGCUCACCUUCCAGAUUCAUCUGCAGGAGCUGCUGCAGUACAAGAGGCAGAAUCCAGCUCAGUUCUGCGCGCGUGUCUGCUCUGGCUGUGCUGUGCUGGCUGUGCUGGGACACUAUGUGCCAGGGGUUAUGAUUUCCUACAUUGUCUUGCUGAGUAUCCUGCUAUGGCCCCUGGUGGUGUAUCAUGAACUGAUCCAGAGGAUGUACACGCGCCUGGAGCCCCUCCUUAUGCAGCUGGACUACAGCAUGAAGGCAGAAGCUGAUGCCCUGCAUCACAAACACGACAAGAGGAAGCGGCAGGGGAAGAAUGCACCACCUGGAGGUGAUGAGCCACUGGCGGAGACAGAGAGUGAAAGCGAGGCAGAACUGGCUGGCUUCUCCCCGGUGGUGGAUGUGAAGAAAACAGCACUGGCUUUGGCCAUUACAGACUCAGAGCUGUCAGAUGAGGAGGCUUCUAUUUUGGAAAGCGGUGGCUUCUCUGUCUCCCGGGCAACCACUCCACAACUAACUGACGUUUCGGAGGAUUUGGACCAGCAGAGCCUGCCAAGUGAACCAGAGGAGGCCCUGAGUCGGGAGCUAGGGGAGGGAGAGGAGACAGACCUGGCCCCUCCCGAAGACCUGCUGGGCUCUCCUCAGGCCCUCUCACGACAAGACCUGGACUUGGAGGAAGAAGAUGUGGCAUCCAAGGAAGCCUUGCUUCAGCUCUCAUCCCCCCUUCACUUUGUGAACACGCACUUCAAUGGGGCAGGGUCUCCCACAGAUGGAGUGAUGCUCUCCCCUGGAGGACCAGCGGAGACACUGAGCCUGGAGGCAGUGAGUGGUGACCUCACCACUCCUCCCAGCACUCUGUCGCCCCUACUUGGCCUUGCGGAAAGUGACCCAGUCCCUUCCCCCUCCGUACUCCCAUCUCUGCCCCAGGACUCACCCCAGCCCCUGCCUGCCCCUGAGGAAGAAGAGGCACUCACCACUGAGGACUUCGAGUUGCUGGAUCAGGGGGAGCUGGAGCAGCUAAAUGCAGAGAUGGGGUUGGGUCCAGAGACAUGCCCAGAGCCCCCUGAUGCUCCACCCCUAGGGCCCGACACCCCGUCUCUGGUACAGUCAGACCAGGAGGAUCAGGCCGUGGCAGAGCCAUAAGCCUGGGGGAACGAGUUGCAGGCACAGUAGGGCUUCCUGGCUAAGGAUGUCACUGUUGGCUCCUUUCCCUGCUCUCCUAGGGAGGAGCAAUAUGUGGGGAAGCUGGCUAUCAGAUGGAGCCAGUCCACCCUCCGCCUGCCUGCCUGCCUGCCUGCCUGCCGUCCCAGGCCUGGGAUAGUACCUGGGAUUUGUUUUAAGUUUGUAAAUAAUUUUACAUUUGGGUUUAGUGGUUAUGAACAGGGCUAGGGGAGUCCUUCCCACUUGCCUCCCCGCCUCAUCUCUAGUCUCAUUCCACAAUGCCCCAAGCCCUGACGGUCUGUCCUUUUCUUUUUCCUCCUUUCCUCAGGGACCUGUGCUGCUCUGUCCUCGUGUCCCACUCGGUUGUUUAGUUCAGGCACUUUAUCAUUUUUCUUUCCUAUCCCAGCCCCUCUCUGCUUUACUUCCCUGCUGUGUCCUGUCCUUAGCAGCUCAAUCCCCACUCUUUACCAGUUCUUCCUCCCCAGCAGGCCCCAGCUAAGCUUUAGGGAGGCUCCCGUCUGGGAGGUACAGAUGAAACCUGGGGUGGUGGGUCGGGUCAGUAGUUAAUGCACUUAAGUCACUGUAGCCCGUGGAACCUCCACUGCACCCUUGCCCUUGUUCAUCCUGGCCCUUCCCUAUACAGGAUGAGAGCAGGGAUCCCACAGCACAUACGCCAGCGCUGUGGUAGUGAGCAGGACCUCUGUCUUGUGGGGCGAGGGGCUUUCUUAUCUUAGGAGUAAGGAGAUCUGUUUCUCUGGGUCAUGGUCCAAGUGUGGUGGGACCCCCUACUAGGGUCAGGAAAUGGACAGUAACAUCUGUGCAGGUGUUGACUGAAAAAAUAAAGUGUUGAUGGCCAGAACUGCUGCUGCCUGCCUCACUGAGCUCUGUCUCCCUCUGUGCUCUGCCCCUACUGCCUUGUCCCCUGUUUGCUCCUGGCUGUUUAUUUACUUUGGUGCAAAACAAGGCCAGAAGCAAGGAUUACCCUGACAGCCCUAACCUGCCCUUAGCCGAGUUCUCUGUGAUAUGCUUAGUAAGGUUUAGCAUGUGCAAAUAAGUAUGUGCAGGAGGAAGCUGCUUCAGCUUCCCAAUCAGAAACUUGAGACCACUGUGCACCACAACAGUUGUUUUCUAGUGUUGUCCACAAGCUUAACACUUACGUAAGAAGUCCUUACCCAUCUGUGUACUGACGGUUAACUCCCUCAAUCCUCAUUUGUCUCUCCUGAUAGAAGCAAACAAGCAGGACUUAGAUACCUGCAUUAAAAUUGAUUCCGAGGGGCUUCCCUCAUGAUCCAGUGGUUAAGAAUCCUCCUGCCAGUGCAGGAGACACCGGUUUGACCCCUAGUCUAGGAAGAUCCAACAUGCUGCAGGGCAACUAUGCCCAUGUGCCAGAACUACUGAGCCCUUGAUCUUCACCUACUGAGCCCCUGCCCCAUAACUGCUGAAGCCCUCUCACCUAGAGCCUGUGCUCCACAACAAGAGAAUCCUGUGCGUCCCAUCACAACUGGAGAGGAGCCUCCACUCGCCACAACUAGAG